UUCAUUACAAGGUCCGUGUGGACGAGCCCUUUUAUCAUUCCCUUCUCACUUUUGGUGCCACAACAUACAGGAAUCCAAGCAUUCAUACGAUCUGCGAGAGUUUCCGAGUUUUUUUCGUGUUCAUGAUGGGUUAGCCUUUGGUGCCGCGGUUGAUGUAAUCAGACAGAGUUGUCUUCAUCCUAGGAUUUGGUAUUACGCCCAUGUGGUGCAGCACAACAGAAGUCCCACGAGAGCUGUUUGAAUGUCUGAAACUUCAUGAUUUGUGCAGUACGUCCAAUUGAGAUCGCUUGUUUUACUGAAGGCGUGAUUGUUUGGAGCUGCAAGUCCUAAAAUUGACCCAAAGAGCCAUGGAAGAGGUGCCGGAGAGCGAGCAGAUGAAAUGGGCAUUAACGAGAGAUGAAUUCGUGCAAGAACUGAAGAAGGCCACUCGUAUAGCAGCUCCAAUGGUGGCAGUUACGGUGUUGCAGUACCUCGUGCAAGUUGUGUCGAUGGUUGCUGUUGGACACCUUGGCCAGCUCUCGCUAUCUAGCGUUGCCAUCGCCACUUCUCUUGCCAAUGUCACUGGCUUCAGUCUCCAUACAGGAUUGGCUGGCGGACUUGAAACUCUAUGCGGGCAAGCUUAUGGUGCGGGACAAUACCAGAAACUCAGAGAUUACCUUUACAGCGCCGUUAUUUCUCUCAUUCUAGUUUGUCUUCCAAUUUGCAUCCUCUGGAUUUUCAUGGACAAGUUCCUGGAACUAAUGCACCAAGAUCAUGUAAUCUCACAGGAAGCCAGAAAAUAUUUGAUGUGGCUAAUUCCUGCGCUGCUUGGGGGUGCAAUCCUCAAGCCACUUGUUCGGUUUCUCCAAACUCAAAGCCUUAUACUACCCAUGCUCCUCACCUCCUUCUUGGUCCUCUGUUUCCACAUACCCCUUUGCUGGAUUCUUGUGUACAAACUGGAGUUAGGAAGCCCAGGCGCGGCCUUGGCCUGCAGCAUAUCGACUUGGUUGAAUGUGACGCUGCUCGGGUUCUACAUGGUGUUCUCUUCAGCAUGUGAGAGAACCCGUGGGCACUUCACUAGGAAUGCCUUCCUUGGAAUCCCCGAGUUCUUCAGAUUCGGAGUGCCUUCUGCUUUCAUGAUCUGCCUAAAAUGGUGGUCGUGCGAGCUGCUCACAUUGUUAUCGGGCCUUUCACCGAAUCCAAAGCUGGAGACCUCGGUUCUCUCCAUAUGUUUUUCGAUCUCUACAUUGCACUUCACCAUAUCAUAUGGUUUUAGAGCUGCUGCCAGUACUCGGGUCUCAAACGAGCUCGGAGCAGGGAACCCGAACCGGGCUAGAGUCGCAGUUCUGGCAAUACUGUCACUUGCUAGUAUUGAAGCAGUCAUCAUGGGAACCGCGCUCUUCUGCUGCCGUCAUGUCCUGGGAUAUGCUUAUAGCAACGAGAAGCAAGUGGUGCAUUACAUUGGAGUCAUGACUCCUCUUGUUUGUCUCUCCAUUUUCAUGGACAGUUUGCAGGCAGUCCUAUCUGGAGUUGCCACGGGAACCGGAUGGCAGCACAUAGGAGCGUACAUAAAUCUCGGGGCGUUCUACUUGAUAGGACUCCCGACCGGAGUGAUUUCCGGCUUUGUCCUGCAUCUACGAGCCAAGGGGCUUUGGAUCGGUGUCGUAUCCGGAACCGCCGUGCAAUUGGCUCUCCUCUUUCUCGUUACUGGAGCCACAAACUGGCAGAAGCAGGCGAACAAAGUCCGGAACAGGAUAUUUGCGCAAAAUUCUUACCAAGAGCAACGUGAACAGAGGACUAGGAGUAUCUCUACAUGACAAAAUGCAAAAUUUGCCUGUUGCUUUUCCCAUCAAUUGUCAAACAGGAGACAGUACUAUGAAUCAGAUGCGCUUACUUUCGGCGGAUUAUGUGCGGUUGGUGCAAUUUGAGUUGAUUCCCAAUACAUGUGCAAUGGUACCAUGGAUGGUGUCGUCAUUAC